AAGACGUCUAAAGCUUUGCUCCUUUGGGACAUCAGAUUGAAGUCCCAACAACAGUUAUGAUUUCACUGUCUUCUCUUACUAUGAUUUCCGGUCACUCUUGAUUCAAUCUCUCAUUUUAUAUUCUGCCUGGUUGUUUUCUGUUGUGGGAGAUCUGGAUGGUAGCGCCAAUGGCGGCGCGGAUAUGGCGAUGUCGAACACAUUCACGACCCUCGCAGCUAAGGGCAUAUUCAAGGGUUUCUGAGCAUCCAAGGCAACGGUUAUCCAAGUUCUGGACGCCCACUGGGCUGCUACAAACCGAGCCAAAAGAUCAUAAUGCGCCCAAUCAAAAAGGAGGACUGCAGAAAGAUGAUUCCGCCAGUCUUCUGGCUCGCGCGGGAUAUCUAAGUCAAGUCCAAUCAGGAAUCUUCCACAUGCUCCCUUUAGGCCUCCGCGUCCAAAACAAACUGGAGACCCUAAUAGACAAGCACAUGGACUCCAUUGGCGCAGCAAAGACCUCCCUCUCAUCAAUAACGACCGAAGCUCUGUGGAAGAAAAGCGGCCGUUAUUCUACCAAUUCCGAACUCCUCCGGAUCAAGGACCGCCGAAAAUCUGGCUUUUUGUUAUCUCCUACUCAUGAAGAGGAGAUCACGACACUGGUAGCAGCUUCUCUGAAGUCCUACAAGGACUUACCGAUACGGCUGUAUCAGAUAGGGCGCAAGUACCGGGAUGAACGUCGACCUCGCAAUGGCCUGUUGCGAGCAAAGGAGUUCAUGAUGAAGGACUUGUACACCUUCGAUUAUACCCAUGAGACGGCCCUCGAGACAUACAAAGCAGUAAGAACAGCUUACAACAACCUGUUUCGCGAACUCGGCAUCCCGUUCAUCGUAGCGGAAGCGGACUCUGGCAACAUGGGCGGAAAACUCAGCCACGAGUACCACUUCGUCCACCCCAGCGGCGAAGAUAAAAUCUGGAUUUGUGACCAAUGCGAGUACGUCGCUAAUGAAGAGCUGGCGGAACAUAAGACUGAAGCACGACCAUUUACAGACGUCAUGGUCUUUACAGCAAUCAGUGCAGACCACAAGACGCGGAUUAGCAUACACGUGGGAGUAGAUCAACCCAAAGAUUCCUACGACAGCAUACACUGGGACCAUCUCCUGAACCCUCACGCCCUCAGAAAGGCAGCCGAGAACCUCAACAUCGACCUCGCCACCGGCCUUGAGCCCGACACCCUUCGCAAAUUGCUAGAAAACACGACCUCAACCAUCGACAUCUACGACAUCCGCCUCCAAAAUCACAUCCCCGAAGCCACCCACUCCCCAGCAACCCGCGACAUCCUCGCCAUCGAACCCGGCGACGCCUGUCCCAAGUGCGAAAACGGGCACCUGUCACAGGUCCCUGGUAUCGAAGUAGGGCAUACCUUCCAUCUCGGUACGCGCUACAGCGAGCCCCUGAACGCUGUUGUCGCUACGCCGAACAAUACGGAAAAGGUUCCCGUACAUAUGGGAUGCCAUGGAAUCGGCGUCUCGCGGCUCAUCAGCGCGGUGGCGGCUAUGACCUAUGACGAGAGGGGGCUGAACUGGCCGCCGGGUAUAGCGCCGUACGAAGUCGUGGUUAUACCGGGCUCGGGUAUAGAGUCGAAGGAUGGUGAAGAGGUGUACGAUAGCUUUAAGGGUGCGGGGCUCGACGUCGUGCUGGAUGAUCGGGCGGACAAGAAUCUGGGGUGGAAAUUGAAGGAUGCGGAUUUGAUUGGGUAUCCAGUGAUUGUGGUAUUGGGGAAGACGUGGAAGUCGGAAGCAGGUGGGAAGGUGGAAGUUCAGUGCAGGCGGCUGGGUGAGAAGAAGUUGGUUGAGAAGGAUGAGGUGGCAGUCACAGUAGCCGAUUUGUUGAGAAGAUGUGGGAAAUGGGAGAAUCCGAAGUGGGUAUCAUCGAGUUAG